GACCCUGUGGGCACUGACGUCCAGCUCACCCAUGCGUAUUUCCUGUAAUGGACGAACUUGAUGCUAAUGUGAGUUCCAAGGAGGGUUUCGGGUCAGUGGAGAAGGUCGUGCUGCUCACGUUUCUCUCGACGGUUAUCCUGAUGGCCAUCUUGGGGAACCUGCUGGUGAUGGUGGCUGUGUGCAGGGACAGGCAGCUCAGGAAAAUAAAAACCAACUAUUUCAUUGUCUCUCUUGCCUUUGCGGAUCUGCUGGUUUCCGUGCUUGUGAUGCCCUUUGGUGCCAUUGAACUGGUUCAAGACAUCUGGGUUUACGGGGAGAUGUUUUGCCUGGUCCGUACAUCGCUAGACGUCCUACUGACGACGGCAUCAAUUUUUCACCUGUGCUGCAUUUCUCUAGAUAGGUACUAUGCCAUCUGCUGCCAGCCUUUGGUGUAUAGGAACAAGAUGACCCCUCUGCGAAUCGCAUUAAUGCUGGGAGGCUGCUGGGUCAUCCCCAUGUUUAUCUCUUUUCUCCCUAUAAUGCAAGGCUGGAAUAACAUUGGCAUAGUUGAUUUGAUAGAAAAAAGGAAGUUCCACCAGAAUUCUAACUCUACGUACUGUGUCUUCAUGGUCAACAAGCCCUACGCCAUCACCUGUUCUGUGGUGGCCUUCUACAUCCCAUUUCUCCUCAUGGUGCUGGCCUAUUAUCGCAUCUAUGUCACAGCUAAGGAGCAUGCCCACCAGAUUCAGAUGUUACAACGGGCAGGAGCCCCCGCGGAGGUCAGACCCCAGCCAGCAGACCAGCAUAGCACUCAUCGCAUGAGGACAGAGACCAAAGCAGCCAAGACCCUGUGUGUCAUCAUGGGUUGCUUCUGCCUCUGCUGGGCUCCGUUUUUUGUCACCAAUAUUGUGGAUCCAUUCAUAGAUUACACUGUCCCUGGGCAGGUGUGGACCGCUUUCCUCUGGCUCGGCUAUAUCAAUUCUGGAUUGAACCCCUUCCUCUACGCCUUCUUGAAUAAGUCUUUUAGACGUGCCUUCCUCAUCAUCCUCUGCUGUGAUGAUGAACGCUACCGAAGACCUUCCAUUUUGGGCCAGACUGUCCCCUGUUCAACCACAACCAUUAAUGGAUCCACACAUGUGUUAAGUGGCUGUUCCUCUGUCUCCAGCUUCUUCCUGCUCUUCUGCAAUAGACCAGUUUCCGUCUAACUCUGAGCGUGUCCUGUACACAGUUCUUCACAGCGGACAUCACCCGGAACUCGAGAAACUGCCCAUACACAAUGACCCGGAAUCCUUGGAAUCAUGCUUCUGAUUGAGGAUGCCGUUCACAGCUAAGCCAUUCAUUCCCAUGCGUGUCUGCCUGAACGGGACACCUGCCCCUCUCCUGACCCUCGUCACCACCAGGGAGGCGCGAGACAGUGGGGCCCAGGGCCCUGGGAAGGUACACGGAGACCGGUGUCGG